AGUAGAAAUAUCCCAGCGGUAACCGUUGCGAUUUUAGAAACCCUGGGGUGAGCGUCAAAUUAGCGCCAUGCCAAAUAGGCUGGCCGGGAUGUAUGACCCACAAUAUGCUUAGCGGGGGUUUUAGGUCUCGAGGUACGUAUUACGCAACACGAUAAGGCAUGCGACCAUGACACGCUAAACCCUGUUGCAUCGGCCCACCGCCUUGUCACCAAACCUGGUCCCCAAAAGUGCCCGGGGUUGUGGUGUCGAGCAACAAUGUUCUUCCUCUUCCGCUGGAUUUCUGGGAGUUCGCUGUGGCUAUCGAGCUUACUUGUUCAUAUUCUUGGUACUACAAGUUGGUUGUUGGGCAUUCGGGGCAAUAAGAGUAUCGGAGGACAGGAUGUUCAGAGGGACCCGGUUACGACACGACAUCAAGAUGAUAUCAAAGCCCUGAGGCUUCUAAGGGUCUCGCAAUGUUUCGAUUCUGACAAUGGUGUACUUCGUUAUAAAUAUACGAAAGUUCUAUAUGUCGAAGAUGGCAACACGUACCAAGCGCGAUCUAAAUCGCGGCUUCGACCAAACUUAGACAUUGAGUUCAACCAGGACGAACUUACGCAUAUUACACUCAUUCCAAUCGAAUCAUACUGCCCUCCAUACUCUCCUGAAUUCACCUUAGCUCCAAAAGCUCCCCCGGAAGGCCACUAUGUCAAGCAACCCGAUCUUAUGUCCUAUGGGGAAGGGCUGAAUAUCUGCGAUAUUGUUUUGACCGAUAUAAGGGCUUGCGAGAUUCUACGGAAAUCUCCUCAUCCAAACGUCGCACAGUAUCAUGGUUGCCAGGUUCACAAUGGGCGAGUUACGGGUCUCUGUUUCACGAGAUACGCGGAAACUCUUACGCAAAGAGUAAACCCAGGCCAUCUCAGCAAGGACGACUUUUCUAGGAGUGGUCCCCGAAACCCAGAUAGGGUGGAACAUUAUCUCGAAGGUAUUGAGAGUGGGAUUCAUCAUAUACACUCUGUCGGCCUCAUCCACAACGACAUCAACCCGAAUAACAUCAUGAUCACCGAAGAUGAUAGGCCAGUGAUUAUUGAUUUUGACUCAUGUCUGCCAGAAGGAUCACCAUUAGGUUUGACGAAGCGAACAUUUCAAUGGCACAACCCGGUGGAUCAAAUUUCCAAAAUGAGCAAUGAUAUCUGGUCAUUGAAAGAAAUAUGCACUUGGCUGGCUGGUGCUGGCAAUGAGGAAUGAAUACCAAAGGUCAGACACACCAGCAUGGUCAUUAGGGUUGAUGAAGCGAACAUUUUAAUGGCACAACCCAAUGGAUCAAAGUUCAAACAAGCAAUGAUUCCUGGCCAUUGAAAGUCUUUCUGUGAACGUUUUCUACAAUAGUUUCAUAUCAUGAGAGAGUGGAAUGAAGAAUAUUGGAUUCCAAAGUGUUUUGUUGGCUAAGUAAACGAAUGAUUGUAGAUCGCUUUGUUUGCCAUACAGGCGGUAAGGAGCGCAGUGAACAAACAUGUUCUGGAAAGCAGCACGUUUUU